AUGGAAUCUACGGAACAACCCUCAACCUCUUCCCAACAAACUACUACUGCAACUGCUGCAAUCUCUACUCCCAUUUACAAGGAACCUCAUAUCUUGGAUCGACCAUCACACAUUCAUCUUGCUACUCCUUUCGAUAAGCUAGAAGUUCUCUAUGAAUCACUGGUUGAUUUUGAAAAUAUGAAGAGAAAUGAAAUUGACCUCACUAAAGAGUUAAGAAAGAAAGGGUGGGAAAACUAUUUUCAAAGACUCUAUGGUCCCAUCUACACUUAUCUGGUCAAGGAAUUCUGGAGAUUUGUAGAUUCAGGUGACCAUCACAUUGUCUCUUAUGUUCUGGGGGUGAAGAUGGUUAUUACUGAGAAAUCCAUAGCCAAUCUUAUGAAUAUGGAGAAUUCAGGUGGAAGAAGAAUUUAUAAUAUCAACCCUAGGGCAAAAUACAUGUCCCAGGAGAUUAUCCUAACAAUCUUCAAACAAAACGCUGAGGGAAAACCAUCGAAGAAUAAGGAACUUCACCAGAAUCUGAGGGUCUGGUUGAAAAUCAUUCUGGGGAUUAUUCAUCAUCGCUCGACAUCCAACUCGUCAGACUACAUCAACACUGACCAGAAAUGCAUCCUCUACUGCCUCCAUAAAGGGCUCAAGUUGAAUCUGUCAGCCUUGCUAUUCAAAUAUCUGAGGGACUCUGUUAGAGACACCAUGAACAACAUGAAGCUCAGAACUUACAUUCCCAUGGGAAGGCUGGUUUCAGAUAUUCUGAUAGAGAAUGGCUUGGUGGAUCAUCUGAUUUGCCAUAAUCUGAUGGAGGAUGUAACAGUUGACAUCGGAAGGCCCCUGAAUUCAAGAAACCUGAAAAGCAUGGGAAUCAUAGAGAGAGUUCUGGUCAAGCCUUCUCUGGACACCUCCUGGGAAGCUGUGAAGGAUCAGAUUAAGAUACCAAAUGGACUAUACCUCUUCACCAAGAUAGAUCCCCCAGAGGUUGUCGCUCACUAUCUGCUAGACUGA